ACACAAAUGAUGGGGGUGGACAUUUUUGUCAUACAAUUUAUUUCAAAAUGCGAUGAACAAUAAAAGGGUACUCACUUGUUAUAGAAUCAUAUUAAUACUGAAAAAGUAUCAAUUUCUAUCCUUCAAUAUGUGUCUUUAGUUGUCUACAUCGCCUGUGCUUUUAAAUUCACUGAGGAGAAUGGACUCUUCCGAUAAGAAGCUACCCAAAAUGGACUCCUGCGUAAAUGUCGAGAGAGAAGUGGACAAAGUUUUGUCUAAAUUUGCGGCUGUGGGUGAUCAUAGCAGCAGGACCUUACAGGACCUAGUAGAACAUAUAUCUAACAUUAGGAAGGAGCUCUCAGAAGGUAACAAUGACUCAGAUGUGACAGCCACCCAGUCCCUGGUGCUGAACCAGUGUCUGAAGAAAGUGAAGGACACCUGUCAGCGCCUGUCCAAUGACCACAAGGACCUUCACAGCUCUGUGUCCAAAGUGGGCAAAGCCAUUGACAGGAACUUUAUCCAGGAUAUCAGCGCCUGUUCUGUAGAAGGUGCAUUUGUUGGGGUAGAGAAACGAUCGUUGCUGAAUGAGGUUAUCUGUGAGCACUUCUUCCGUCAGGGCAUGUUGGACAUUGGCGAGCAGCUGAUCCAGGAUGCCAGACUGCAGAUUGAUGAGGCACAGAAGGAGCCAUUUUUUGAGCUGAACAGGAUUCUUGAGGCCCUGAAAGAACACAACCUCUUCCCUGCUUUAGAGUGGGCAAAGCGAAAUCGUGAACGGCUGCAGCAGCAAAGCAGUGCAUUGGAGUUUAAAUUGCACAGGCUGCACUUUAUUGAACUGCUGAAAGGGGGCCCUGCUAGACAGAUGGAGGCACUGCUGUACUCAAGGAAUUUUGAGCCCUUUGCAUAUCACCAUGCAAAAGAGAUCCAGACGUUGAUGGGCAGCCUGCUGUAUGUACAACAGGGUGUUCACAACUCCCCCUACCUGCACCUGCUGGACCCCAUCCACUGGCUGGACAUCUGUGAUGUCUUCACCCGCGACGCCUGCCAGCUGCUCGGCCUGUCUGUGGAGAGUCCGCUCAGUGUAGCAUUUGCCGCAGGCUGCAUCUCCCUUCCAUCUCUCCUGAACAUUAACCACGUCAUGAAGCAGCGACAGUGCACCAAUGUGUGGAACCAGAAGGACGAACUGCCUAUUGAGAUUGACCUUGGCGGGGAGACACGUUACCACUCCAUCUUCGCCUGCCCGAUCCUCCGACAGCAGACCACGGAGACAAACCCUCCUGUACGGUUGGUCUGCGGUCAUGUGAUCUCCAGAGAUGCUCUCAAUAAGCUGAACACAAAUAACAAGGUGAAGUGUCCGUAUUGCCCCAUGGAACAGAAUGCUGUCGACGCCCGUCCGGUCCAGUUCUAAGCUAUCACCCCAUGAUGUGUACAUACUGUACAGCAAAUAUAUAAACUACAGAGUCCAACCUAUAUAUAACAUUAUUUAAGUCCUAGGCUGUGAAUGUACAUGUAUCAAUAUGUCAGAGAAAUUGUGUCUUACUGAAACAUCUGCCUCCUCUGCUACCUCCUCUUCACUCAGCUCCUGGUAAUUUGGCAGGGACAAGUCUAUUUUUUACACAACCAUCUUGUAACUCCAUAGACUACAAUUUAAACUUGGAUUGUGCAAAGGAAAAUCGUGAUGCAUCUAGCAAUGUCAAUAACCAGGGUAAACAGUGUGGUAAACUUGACUUUCAAACAAAACAGAAAUUGAAAACUUUGCUGACUCGCGUACUAUAAGCAGCCUUGUCUUGCAUUGUUUGUGAAGCAGCUGACCUGUCUAAAAGAUGUAGUGAAAGGUUUAUGUAUGUACUUACUGUGAACUCUUGUAGGAUUGCUGCAGGUGAUAUUGUAGGAUUUCACUGUUCCAAAAAAACUGCUUAUAGGAGCACUUCACAGGGUAGUAGAACCUCAUGGUGGCUUGCUUUAGAGCACUGGGUUACAUGUAUAUGGUAUGAAGUAUGAUGCACUGGUCUCACCACGGUGGGUUGGAUUUAUAUAUAGCAAGGCAUAAUGCACUGGUGGCAGAUUACCAAGUAAAUGUUAUUAUAUAGACAAGCAGGAUGAACUAUUGAGAGGCUCCCUUUAAUGGUGAUUAAAUCUCUGUCCUAAUGCAGAAAUGGUGCAUGUCUUCAGUUGAGCGCCAGAAAUAUCUGAAAACUGUUUGGGCCAAUGGCCACCAUUCUAAUAAAAAGCAUUAUCGUAGCAGAA